UUGGGGGUGGCUGGGGAUGGAGAUGGGGGUCCGAGAGGGCUGAGAAUGGGGACCUGAGGAAGCUCAGAUGGGAGUCCAGGGAAGCUCAGUGUGGAAUUCUAGGAGACUCGGGGUUGGGAGUCUAAGGGGUUCAGGUAGGGAAGAAGGUUGGAGAGGAGUCAGGCUCCGGACUGAAGGCCCAAGGUUGCUGCGGGGAAGGGGCUCUCGGGAGGAGAAGUGUGAAAGGGGCCGGAAUGGGGAGAUCUGAGGAGACUCAGAUUGGGGGCACAUGGGUGUUGAGAAUGGGGCAUCUGAAAGGGUUUGAGGCGGGAAGAGGGUGCGUGGUGACUUUGAAUAUUGUUAGACAGCCAGACUCAUGGUUGCUUGGUAACCUGAUGUUGUUAGGAUGGGAUCUCAAACUGUUUGAAGGGGCUUUGGGUGCAGCCAUGGAAGCUAUGCGUGAAGCUCUUGAGAAUGGCUCCCAGUGAGGUCAGAGGAUGUUCUCUGUGAGAAGUUUAAGAGGGCAAAAAUGUGUGUAGUUUGAUGGGCCGUUGUGGAUGGAGUUUGGGGCAGUGGGGCAGCGUUCUGGGUGCACUGUGCCGGUUGGCUUUUGAGAUGCUGAGGACUCGGGUUUUAGAAACCAAGACUGGGUGCAUGGAGUUGGUGUCGAUGGAGGAUCAGGACGCCAGGGUUCCAGCCCUGGAACCAUUCAGGGUGGAGCAGGCACCACCUAUAAUCUACUAUGUCCCUGACUUCAUCUCCAAGGAAGAGGAAGAGUAUUUGCUUCGACAGGACCUGCUGGGGCCUGUCAGAAAGAGCCUUUCCCAGGAGGCUUAGGGGAAACCAAAGUGAUUCUUAGAAAGGUAGUUAUUACGCAGCUCAGACUCCCUGUGCCCAGUCCAGCCUCCCAAACAGAUGAAAUUGCUAGAAACAGAUUCCUUAUGCUAGAAACAAGGAAGUUACAAACCUCCUGCCCUCUGUGCUGAGGUAGCUCAAUCCUGCUAUCAUAGAGAAAAGGGGGUUAUAAACAUAGGCUGAGAUAGCCCAGUUUGGGCCCUUGAGGUUGGGGGAAUUAAGAAUUUGCAGUUUCAGAUUUCUUUGCUGACAUAACCCAGGCAUGAGAAUGCUACAGGGUAAACUCUUCCCUCUGCUGAGAUAGCUCAGCAUAGACCCAGCCAGAGUCUUGGGAACAAGGUCACCAAGCACGGAUCAUCUGUGCUGAGAUGGCCCAGUAUUCUGUAUUCUAUUCUUAAGGUUUGGGGAAAAAAGAAUUUAUAAAGCUCAGAGCUUUUGCAGCCUCAGACUUUAAUUACAGAGCACAGAUCUUCCUUAUGCCAUCCCAAGUAGUCUUGUCAAGUUGAGUCCCAGGAAUAAGUUAGCAACAGAAC